AAAGCGCCUGCGGGUUUCGCUUUGCCAUCAAACAUUCCGUUCUAAAUCUACACAGGAAAAGCAAAGGUCAUUCUCGAUAGGGCGAAAUGGUUCGUGCCGAGAAGAGCUGCUGUUUUGCAAAGCCUACCGUCCGGCCGCUUAUUCGCGUUUAUCCCGCGGUUACAUGUUGGAGCGAGUUAAUUACUGGCUAAAAAUCCACAGAUUUAAAAUGCCUCCGUGUAUCAUGGACAGCCAGUUCACCUCACCCUUUGAACCCCAAAAUAUUCUCCUCAACAGUUGCUAUCCCUUUGGCUCUGGGAUGACAAAAAAUCCACCUCUUGAACCAGUCAGUUACCCACCUGCUGGCACAUUUUCAGUUCUUCGACAUAUGUUCAAGCUCACUAUGGUCUGGUUGCGAAGAUUUUUAUAUUUUUGGCAGCCUUUCUCUACAAACCUGAUGAAGACUGUGUUGAGGGGCAUUGCUAGAAGAGCAUUGCCCAUCUUAGAGAAGAUAAAGAAGGCCAGAGAACUUAAAAGAAAUAAAAACAACACUGAGAAGAUGAUGGAGAAAGACAGCUGUCAAGAACGUUGUUUUCUGAAGAGUCAUACAAACCAUCUUUCGGAGAGAAAUUUGCUUUUAGACUGUUUUGGAGAAGACAUUGAACAAGUUUUGAUCGACUCAAGCAGCAUUACAGUAAAUAACAUGCAUUUGGAAGAGGAAGGGAUUUCUGAGCUGUGUUUAAUAAGUCCUACGAUAGUAUUUGAUUUGAGAAAUAAUUGGCAAGAUUCUUCAGGAAAGGACAUGGAAUGUGUGACUGUAAAAAGUUCUGAGCAUGUCUCUCUUAAGUUGUUGGAAGAAGAUACUUGCAAUCCUGAAAUCUUUAUAAAAGAGUUGGACCUCUGUGGAUGCUUAGAAAAUACUUUGGACUGCUUAAAUCCUAAUGGACAAUUAAAUUUUAAUAAGGGCCUUGAUGAAAUUUUGGAAACCACCUUCAUUCCCCAGGAACUGGAGAAGAACAUGAAAUCUAACCAGGACCCGCCAAUAGGUGGGAAACAAAGCUUAAUAUGUUCACUUGGUUCUUCAAAGGAUGAGAAAAAACCAGAAAUGAAGCAAAAGAGUGGAAAGAAUGAAGCUACUUGUAACAUGGAAUCCCCUACUAACCCCAGUAGCUUCCAGAGUUCCCUGGUACUUUCCUUAUUCUAUAGUCCAUUAGAAGAUGAAGAAGAUGACAAUGAUGACAGUUCAGAAGACUGGUGGAGUGAGGAUGAGAUGGAAGACAGUAGUAAGACCCAAAUUUGCUCCGAUGGCAACAAUUCAGGAGACCAAGAGAAUUAUCAGGAUAUAGAAGAGGAGGACUCUGUACAGAAGAUUGUUUUUGAAAAUCUCUGUGGAGCUCUAUCCAUGAACAGUGAUCCCUUACAUCCACUUUGCUUUUCCAAACCUAUUCAGGCCCUUACAGACUUCACCAUUGCUUCACUGAAUGCCCCAAACCAUCAAGAAACUGUCUCUUCUUAUUGGACAAGAACCAGUUCUAAACUUGAAGAAUCAUGUCAUCUCCCAAAGCAGUCAUUGCCCAGAGAACAUCUAAAAGUUGAAAGAAAUCAGGAGACCUACCUAUGCUGCCAACCAAGUCUCAGGAAAAGCGCUUCUCCACUCCCUGCAGAAACAGUUUCACAGCAGGAAAUCCAGGUGAAAAAGAAGGUCCGAUUCUCCCCAGUGGUCACUGUCCACUCACUGGUAGUCUGGGACUACGCCUCUCGGGCUGCCCGUCGGGGCCCAUGGGAGGAAAUGGCUCGUGACCGCUGCCGCUUCCACCGAAAAAUCACUCAAAUGGCAGCCAUCUUGGAGCCUUGCUUGGCAAAGGAUCAUCGGGACAAAGUUUGGAAGAGGAUCCAUGGGGUUUCCACAUCUUGCUGACAACAAUCCCACCAGUUCCAGUACCACCAGAAAAGAGGAUUCCAGAAUUAGGAAUGGAAAGCCUCUUUCAGAUUAAAACAAAAGUUGAGGAUUCUGGGGGAAUUCUGAUCCUGGUUUUCCAUCACUAAAAGAAGAAAGUUGAUUUUGCUCUUCUGUUUAGUGUUUUAAAGUGUGGUGUGAACUAGAACCUCAUUGUUCAUAGGUUUGAAGCAAUUUUUCAACUGAUGAUUUUGGGGAUAUAGAUAGAGUCUGGCCCAAACCAUUGUGGAUGAGAUAAAAACAUGUUGACUAUAUGAAGGAGUAACAUGAGUGAAAAUAUCAAGGCUUUUGUUUUCUGAAUAAAUAUAAUUCUAGGUUGUUACUACUACUACUAUUACUGCUAUUGCUGCUGCUGCUGCUGCUACUACUACUACUACUACUACUACCUCCUCCUUUGUUUGAAAAGUCAUGAAACAUGGCUGUUUUAAUGAAUAUAUGUGAGAAAUAAUUGCUUUUAAAUACAAUAUUAAGUUCUAUACUGCAGUUCCAUUUCACAGGCAUUAUUUGGGCUCCAUUGUAUGUGAUCAGAAUCUUUUGAUUCCAAGUCAACCUUGCUUGUUCUGGAACUGGAAUUUUGAGUUGGUCCCUCUGGAUUUAUCAGAGGGGCAAUUUGAAGGUUAUUGAGAAAAAAAUGGUGCUAAACAUAUAGUUGAAAAGAUCAACCAAGGCUGGCUCUGAUUUCUUCACCUCUGUGGUCUGAUUUCAUGGCUAAACUUUUUCAUAUGCACCAAUUAGAGGGCAAGAAAUGGAUCCAAAAUUUGACAAUUUACAUUUUGUAUAUUGAAAGGAGUUGGUUUGCUUGUUUGAAUAUUUGCAAAAUCUCUGCUAGAUCGUAUACAUUUUUAAUUGAAGAAAAAUGUUUUUGAAAGAUUUCUAUUAAUUGAUAUUAAAUUAUUCCUUUGAAAUCCCUGGUUAUGUCGACUAUAUCAUAAUUGAUUAUUGAAUUGUAAUAAGUAUAACUAUUUUUUUAAAGAAUGUAUCUCUUAAUUGUUUUUUUAAUAUUUGUAAUAACAGAUGGUGAUUAAGAAUAUAAGAAAAGCUGUUUGACAUCAAAGUAGAUACCUAGUCAGGUCUAUGUUAUUUUCUCUACCAUAGUUAAUAAGAACAGUUUUGCAAAACCCACAAGCAGGAUGUGAGCAGAAAAUCCUGCUUAUAGUCCCUACCACCUGUUGUAAACUAUGUCACACAUGAAUAAUUUAUAGCUUUAUUCUUCAGAAAUCUAGUAGCUCAUUCUUAAAGGCUUUCCCAGUUUUUCCAUUCUAUAAAAGAUGUAAUGGCCAUUAAAUUUUUUUUGUAGAUUAUCACAUCAGCUAACAAUUGGUGAGAGUGAUGCCCUCCUAAGGAUCUUGGCAGAUGUGAUUCUGCUAGGACAGUCAAUGGAACCCUAAAUAUUAAAUAAUGAAUAUAUGUAGAUGAAUAGAAUAUGAUAUGUAAAUAUUGCCAGAUAUUAAGUGUUCUUGCUCAAGUUUCACAUAUUGAAAUUUCCACAACCUCUCACCUUCUUUUAUCAAAUCUAACCCCGCCCCUUCUACACCACCCAUCUGAUGUUUACCAUGCUAAUUGGUUAUUCAUCCACAUACGGUGUGACCAAAAUAUUUUGUUUUUCCUGUUCUUAAUCCCAGUUCAGGACAGCAGCAGCUUUCUAUAUAAAAUUUCAUUCAUAUAACCUCCUAAACCAUGAUUAUUAGAAAACAUUUGCCUGGAUUUAAGCAGCAUGUUAAACCACAACAGUGGUUUACAAAGCCCAGUUUAUGUAGCGCUCUGAACCAAAAACCAAACCAACCAAUCAAGGCUGUUUAUGGCUGACAUAUUGUGCAAAAACCAGAUCGCAGUGUGAAAUCGCUGGUUCGUGUAGUAGCUCAGCACUCAACACCAACCUUAGUCAAUUCCAGAUUUGCAAACGUCAAUCCUUGAUGUUCUCAACAGUAGCUGUUACUGGCUGGGGAUUUCUGAGAAUCGAUGAUCUCAAACGAAGUAGUAAAGAUUGAGAAAUGGUGUUUACAUAAGCGUCCUUCUAUGGCGUAAGAUUCUUUUCCCAGCCUACAUGGAGAAGCUGAUGACUGAAACUGGGAAUUUCUCCAGGCUGUCAUCAGAGCAAUAGUCCCCAUUAUCCCUCCACCUUCCAAAAGCGAAUCACAUCUGCGAUUUCUAAGGCUAUAUUAAAAUUGAUGCAAAACACAAGUUUAGUGUAUUCUGAUUUGAGAAUUGAGUCUGCUUUAGACAUUAUCCGGAUUUUUAAAUUAUGUGAUUUCUCAAAAGCUUUUAAGCUUGGGUUUUUCUUUUUUUUAAAUCCACAGCUUUUAAAUGUCCAGCAGGGCAGUUUUUGGUCAGCUUGACUCUUAUAAACUGUCAAAUACAUGCCAGUUUCCAAAAGCACCAAAUUUUGAUCAUGUGACCAUGGGGAGGCGGCAAUGGUUGUAACUAAACACUUCAUAUGUCACUCUUUUCAAGGCAAUUUAUUUGAAUGAUCACUAAACAAACAAGGGCUACUAUACCUAUCAAAUAAAUAAGGGCAACUAGAUACAGGUAAUCCUCGAUUUACGACCAAAGUU